CUGGGGGAACACACCGACUGAGUGUUCCAGAUAAUCCCCUUUCCAGUCCUGCUUGACAUCUGGCCAGCAGGCUGUGGGCCUGGACUUCCUGGGACACUGGCUGGGGUUUGAGGAAGGACCUCAGUACCUACCUGGCUUCAGGAUGAAGCUGGCCACCGGCUUCUUGAUCUUGUGGCUUAGCCUGGGAGGUGGCCUGGCUCAGAGUGACACGAGCCCUGAGGCUGAGGAGUCCUAUUCAGACUGGGGCCUUCGGCACAUCAGGGGCAGCUUUGAAUCUGUCAACAGCUACUUCGAUUCCUUUCUGGAGCUGCUGGGAGGGAAAAAUGGAGUCUGUCAGUACAGAUGCCGAUAUGGAAAGGCACCCAUGCCCAGACCUGGCUACAAGCCUCAGGAGCCCAACGGCUGCAGCUCCUAUUUCCUGGGUCUUAAGGUACCAGAAAGUAUGGACUUGGGCAUUCCAGCAAUGACCAAGUGCUGCAACCAGCUGGACGUCUGUUAUGAUACUUGCGGUGCCAAUAAGUAUCGUUGUGACGCGAAAUUCCGAUGGUGUCUCCACUCUAUCUGUUCUGACCUGAAGCGGAGUCUGGGCUUUGUCUCCAACGUGGAAGUAGCCUGUGAUUCUCUGGCUGAUACUGUGUUCAAUACUGUAUGGACCUUGGGCUGCCGACCUUUUAUGAAUAGCCAACGGGCAGCCUGCAUCUGUGCGGAAGAGGAGAAGGCAGAGUUAUGAGAAAGAGGUGAUCCCUUCCUGGUUUUGAGUGACGCCGUGGCUGUCAGUCUCUGAGAUGGUAGUGUGGCAGAGUGAGCAAUCUCAUCCUUGCUUCCAGAAGUUUGGAUACCACAAAGCAAGAGAAAGAAAGCCUUGUUCUACAGCUGAGAAGUGAGUCCUGUCCUUUGAGGAGAAUUGGAAAGAAGCCAUGGAGUGAUUUGAAGACUACUCUUCAUUUGACAAUGGUCUCCCCAACCAAGACAUAUUUGCCUGGCAAUUCAGUUCUUAGUUUAAAGACUAAAAUAAAGACUAAAAUACUGGGAUUCCUGGACUUGGUAAUUAUAUUCAUAAGUGAAGUUUUGCAGAGUCCAACCAUGUGGGAGGCAAGGACUUUCCUCUGGUCCAUGUUUCAGUUGCCAGUAAGCAUCUCACAUUUAAUAAAUUGUACUUUUUAGAAAAGAGAUGAAUGAAUUCCAUUAUCACCAAUGUGCUUCCAUUUCACUUAGAAGAGAACAGAACCCUUCCUGGUAAGUUCCCCCAAUGAUAACCAUCAUUCCCACUGGUGCUGGAGAGAUGAGAACAGGUGGGCAAAGUCAGAGACUUACCUGGUUAAGGCCAAUGAAGGUGAGGUCAGAUGGAGUUAGGUCUCUGAGGUUCAAUUCUUUCCUCAAUGAACUAUUUCUGUUGAUAUUCCCAAUUCCUAAGUGGUGUUAGUGUCAUGUUAAGAUCUGAGAAGCAUGUGGUAAAAAAUUGCCACUGAAGAUAGCUAGGAAAAGUCCCUGAAAUCUGAGGGGAUGCAAAUGGUCAAUCCCUAAACUAUGGUUCUCAACCCUGACUGCAGAUUAGAAUCACCAGAGGAGCAUUAAAAAACAAAGAAUCUCUGGGGGUGGUAUCUACCUAUUGGUGUUUUAUAAAUGCUCCCCACCUGAUUCUGAUGCACUGGGAAGGCUGAGGUCCACUAAGGUCAGGGAUUGGAAAAUGAAGCUCAAAUCAGGCCUGACAUCUGCUUCUGUGGAGUUUAACUGGACCACAACCAUGUUCUCAUUUGUUUAUGGCCAUUCCUGUGCUACAACCUCAGAGCUGAAUAGUUGUGACAGACUGUUUGGCCAGAAAGCCUAAAAUGUUUACCAUUUGGCCCUUGACAGAAAAAGUUGGCCAAUUGCUGACCUAGGUCAUUCUGUCUUUUUCCUUCCUUUUGUCAAUUUUCCUGGUUCCGUUAAGAAUUGUUGAUGAUAGCCAUUUCUAAGAAGAACAAGAAGAAAAACUGUUUCCUGAUCUUAUGUAAAGCCAUAAAAUUAAUUGGCAUAUUAAGAAAUUGGAUUUAAUUGCAUAUAAAAUUCAUCCCUGUGGUUUAUAUUUAUUUCAAUAAAAUUUAUUAAGC